AUGAAACCGGGUUAUCUUCUUGGCCUCGCGGCCGUGGCGAAAUCGGUGCUCGCCUCAGACCAACAACCAUUGCGAGCCGCCCGACUUCUCGAGGCUGGUUCGGACCCGGGACUGGAUGAGAUCAUUACUUCCUCGCCUCUUCUCUCGUUCCACAGGGACAUAGUGGAGAUAGCAUCGGUCACGGAGAAUGAGAAAGAUGUGGGAGACUUCGUCUUGGAGUUCCUUGCCGCGCAGAACUUGACGGUCGAGAAACAAAUCGUGUCUCCCGAGACUAAAGAACAAAAGGGAAGAUUCAACGUGUAUGCCUGUGCUGGGGAGAAUAGGUAUCCCGAGGUGCUGUUGACCAGCCACAUCGAUACUGUUCCCCCUUUCAUCCCGUACUCUCUGCAUUCGCCCCAGAGCGAUGGUUCGUCGUUUGACCGACAAAAUUUGGUCAUUGCUGGCCGUGGGACAGUCGAUGCCAAAGCGAGCGUAGCUGCCAUUGUUUUUGCAGUUCUGGAAACACUCAGAGACAACCCAGAUGCCGCCAUUGGACUACUGUUUGAUGUUGGCGAGGAAAGGGACGGCGUCGGCAUGAAACACUUCUCAAACUCCGACCUAAAUCUGGAACCCCCAACAUAUCGCUCGAUCAUAUUCGGUGAACCGACGGAAUCGAGUCUUGUUGCGGGGCAUAAAGGGUCCAUGAAGUUUACGCUUGUCUCACGAGGCAAAGCGGCACAUUCGGGUUACCCCUGGUUAGGGGCAAGUGCAAUUUCCACCAUGCUUCCUGUUCUCUCUCACCUUGACUCGUUGCCCAAUGUUUUACCCCAAGAUGGUGGGCUUCCUCGAAGUGAGCGGCUGGGUCAGUCCACUCUAAAUAUCGGUCAAAUCUCUGGUGGCGUGGCAGCCAAUGUGAUUCCUGCAUAUGCCGAAGCGACUAUAUCGGUUCGGAUUGCGGAGGGUAGCCCGGAGGACAUCAAGGACAUCGUACGCAAAGCACUGAGUAGGAUGUCCGGAGGCGUGCAAGACAUUGAUUUGGACUUUGGGAAUCCAACGACUGGCACUGGACCUCAGUAUUUCGAUGUCGAUGUGGAUGGAUUUGAUGUGAUUACUGUAAACUACGGAACCGAUGCUGCUUCGCUACACAUUCACGACCAGUGCUCUCAGAAGGUUCGGCGCUAUCUUUAUGGACCUGGAAGUAUUCAUGUUGCCCAUGCAGAUAACGAGGCCAUCACAGUUGGCGAACUGGAAGAGGCGGUGCAAGGAUACAAGAGACUGAUCUCGGCGUCUCUUUAA